AUGGCAUGGAGCGCUUCUUUCAGGGUCUGUCCUAUCUGCCUCGCUCUCUUCUUGACUCUCGAGAAAAUGAUCGCUGAUAAUCUUCAGAAAGCCCUUGCGGAUCGCAUUGCACGUGCUAAGUCACGUGGAUUCACACUCGAGUAUCAAAACGAACAGGAACAACAGGAAAACGUCAUAUGCCGUCGAGAACUAGCACCUGCGACAUUCAAUAAAUACGAAUUUUCCUUAAAGGCACUAACAGCUGCUAGAUGGAGACUCUCUCGGAACGAGCCACAGAAUGCCAACUUUUCCAAGGAUGACCCUGAUCCAAGUCCACAGCUCCUGAAACUUUUUGUGGAGGAUUAUAUUGUGACAAGGGAGCAUACUCCUACUCAGAAAACUGCCUGUUCCAUCUUGAUAUGUUUCGUGUCGAGAUGGGAACGAGAGACCUCUCGAUCAAUGCCUGAAGCAGUCAAGGAAGAUGUUCUCAACGUAAGGCAUCCCUUGUUUCUGCUUUUGUCUUUCAUCACUGAUAGAAGCAAGCAUAUACGAACGGCGUUGACGACUAAAUACGGGCUACCUACGAGGCCACGGGAACGGUUCCUAGUCACAGCAAAAGACAUAGAACUCCUUCUCCGUCAUCUCUUUGUCAACGAUACCCACGACUAUGUACAUGAGAGAGCGCGAGUGCAAACUGGAACUGGCCUAUCCUUGUUUGCUGGGUCAGGAGCAAGGGCGGGUGCCAUAGUUGAGUCAAGCUCCUAUCGUGGGACGAACGAAUGUCUCUACUACAGGCAUCUUUCCUUUCAUCUUAAAUGGAGCCGAAAGGGCGAUGGCUUAAAACGUUGGGUGACAAUUGAUCCCGAAUUUCUAAAAGGAUGGCGCUAUCGUGACGACGUGACUCUACCCAAAAACUGGCUAAGGGAGCACCCUGUUCUUGGGAUGAAUUUUGUGUUCUGGGUAAUCGUGCAUGGCGUUGCCGAUGGUGCUUUUAAAGGACUUCCUACUGUGGCUAAUGUUCUUGCCGCUAAGCCCCCUGAGGGAAGAGAAUCAUGGACCCUUGAAUGGAGUGACAAGGCAAAGGACCUUCCUUUUUUUAGGAUGGUCACUCCUGAAGGACCGCACGCCACUCGAGCGCUGACGUUCUCUUCUUUGCACCACAACUUCACGAGCCUUGCUCAGCGGGAUUGCUUUAAAGACCAGCUACGUGUGCAUGGGAUCAGGGGUGGUGUUGCGAAUCUAAUUGACCCCAAGGCGUCAGAGGCAACUCGCGGCCAAGCGCUUGAUCAUCAAAACCAUGAGACCUAUCUCAAAUACCAGUCUGUUCUCAAGGCUCUUGACAUACAAAGUCUGUUCUAUGAUCUAGAGCCUGAAUACGAGUGCCGGGACAUGGAACAAAGUAUGGCUCACCACAGAGAUACGAAUGUUCCUCAAAAGCUUGAUGCAGCUGCCAUCGCAGAGUUCGAGGCGCAAGAUGAAAUUGUGAAAAUAAACCGGAGAAUUGCCGUUUUGACGGCUGAGAUUGCGGGGAACCCACGAGGACAUGAGGACCUUGUUUCCGAAAGGGCCCGUCUAUAUACCAAGAAGGCGAAGCGUCGACGGGCAUGGAAGGCGGAGUUUAUUAGGCGAUGGUGGGAUUCAUCAUACGAUGAAUACAUCUCGGGAAAUAACUUCGCUGAGCGCGACACAACACCUCUUUUCGGCAUUUACAAAAAGUACCUGCCGGAGCGCGCCCGCCUAAGUGAGAACCUUUUCAGAGAAACGCCACUGGACAGCGACAUCGGUAGGCAGUGCCUGGAAGACAUGGUCGCACUUUGCAAAUCUACAGAGCGCGUCGUCUAUUACCCUGACAUGUCUCCAGUGUCUGGUUGUUGCCCCACAUGUUCCAAACCUAUGUCUGGGGGAAGGCAAAGCACAUUUUACAAUGUCGAAGAAGCUCUUUGA